GACGAAAGUGCAUCUCCUCUUUUCAUAUCGCUCCGCUGAUUUACUCCUCUAGGUACACUAUCGACGACAGCGCCCACCUCGAGGAGAUCGUGGCAUAGGCUCGCAUGAGCCAUAAAUAUCACAUUCAGGACCUGCUCGAAGACGCGAUGCAGCGUCUCAAGCGGUUCUUCCCCAACCGUUUUGUCGACGUCUCGGACGACCCCAACACGGUGCAGCGGAAGCAUGCCAUCGCAGUGCUCAAUCUCGCACGGCUGCACCGACGAUGCUGCCGUCGGCACUCUACUACUGUUGUAUGCUCGACAGUCGCAUUCUCAUGCGCGGGUCCCCUCGUUCCGAUGGCAUCGCCGACCGCCUGGCUCAGCGAGAUGCGGUGCGGUGCUUUGAGGGGAAAACGAAGCUCGCAGGCCAAUGGAUGUUCUGUCUUUCGAGGAUUUGCCGACCCACGAUGGGCGAGGCGUGCAGGACACCGGACGUGUGCGGGCUGACGAUCAUCCGCCUUCACGACACACUCGCAAUUGGAGAGGGGAGCGUGGGUAAGACCGACGCCCUCACGUCGUGGCGCACGGGCAUGGAUCGAGCGAUGAGAGAGCACCGCGAGCUGUCGUACCUCUGCGCUGCGUGUCGUAUGAUGCUGUAUAAGCGAGAUAUGGCUGAACGUCAACGGGUCUGGCGGGAGUUGCCGUCUUUCUUCGAUUCGGUGCUCGCCGGCUGGGAGGGAAUUGCUAGCUGAUUGAGAUGCUUGACAAGUGCAAUGUGAGUUGUAUGUAUAUAUCCUGACUCGACUCGAGCCUCGAAUGUUUUGUAGUAACGUCCCAAC